AGAAUGAAGAUGAUAAAGAGAUUGAUAUAGCCGCGAAAGAAGAAGAGAGGGAGCUAAGGUGAAGAAGUGAAGGAUGUUGCAGUUGAAGCUACACUCAAUCCCUUCAUCACUUUCUUCUUCUUCUUCCAAUUCUCUCUGCCUUCAGAACCAUUCCUUUCUCUCUCCAAAGUUCCUUCCUUUUUCUUCUGUUACUCCAAAGCCCUUCUCCAUCACAUGCCGCCACUCCGACCUCUUCGACCAGAAAACCUUCUCCUCCUCCGCACCUUCUUCUUCUUCUUCUUCUUCUUCAGGUGGAGCUUUGCCACCUAGGGUUUAUGUUGGUCACUCCAUUUACAAAGGGAAGGCCGCACUUUCCAUCACUCCUAGGCCUCCGGAAUUUGCACCGCUCGAUUCAGGGGCAUUCAAAAUAUCUAGGGAAGGUUAUGUUCUGCUUCAGUUUGCACCCGCAAUUGCUUCGCGCCAGUAUGAUUGGACUAGAAAGCAGGUGUUCUCUUUAUCAGUGGGUGAAAUGGGAACUGUGAUCAGCCUUGGCGCAAGGGAGUCUUGUGAAUUCUUCCAUGAUCCUAUGAAGGGCAAAAGUGAUGAAGGUAAAGUCAGAAAAGUUUUGAAGGUGGAUCCUCUUCCAGAUGGCUCUGGUCACAUGUUUAACCUCAGUGUUCAAAACAGGAUUGUGAAUGUCGAUGAAAACAUCUACAUCCCUGUUUCAAGAGCAGAGUUAACGGUUUUGAGCUCAAUUUUCAAUUUUAUUAUGCCAUACCUUCUCGGUUGGCACACCUUUGCGAACUCGAUAAAGCCAGAGGAUUCGAGAGGAGCGAAUAAUGCAAACCCUACAUAUGGAGGAGACUAUGAAUGGAAUAGAUUGUGAUCAUCAGCUUUCUGCCAUUGCAUAGCACCACCUAUUUGAGCCUUCUCUCAACUUUGAAAUGGGUUAAAUUCACUUUCGCUUUGCCCUGUUAGCUGAUAAUGGUUUUAGGAAUUUUGAGAUGGUAGUGUUGGGAUCACUUGUUUUCCUUUGUAAUAUACUUGUAUGUCUUAUGACUAGUGUGUACAAUGAAGAGAUUGCUCAAACGUGUUUAUGAAUUGCUCUAAUCACUUGAAUCAAAUACUAGUGCAAUUGGGCUUGAAAA